AUGUGGAAAGUGGUCGUGUUUGUGUUUCUGCUGUUACACAAUGGUGUGAAGGUGAACGGUGCUGCAGAUAAAAAAUCUGAAACUGGGUCAAACUCAUCCAAACCUGUGAACGAGGUGAAGACGGAAGAGACUAAAGCUGCCCAAAAAAAUCCAAGUGUCCCAGGCAAACUACUGGUGAUCCCUGUGGAUGGAAGUCACUGGGUGGAUAUCAAGGCCCUAGCACAGGAGAUGGGUCGUCGUGGACACCGGGUCACUGUGGUCAUACCAGAGUUCAGCAUGCGAAUGGGUCCAGGAAAACACUACGAUACUGUAACCUACCCUGUCCCCUACGAUCAAGCUGCUAUUGAUCAGUUCAUGUCCACACACGGGCACCUAAUGGACCAGUCUGAAUCGUCUUUCAUUCAGAGGAUAAGGAACCGGAUCUCACGUCUGCAGAUAAUAAAAGAAUUAAUUCACACAACUGCAGAGAGUCUGUUGUUCAACGAUACUCUAAUAUUACAUCUGGCACAGAAGGUAGGAACUGUAAACAGGUCUGACAACAGAAACAGGCAUCAAAUCUAAUUACAUUCAAUGCAUGUGCUGAUUUUUACAGUGCUUGUUGAUACAGUUAAUCAUGAUAUUUUACUGCAGAAACUUUCCUCUUACAGUUUUAAUAGUUUUUAUGGAACUGAGUCAUUAUUGGUCAGAGAGAGCAGUACGUUGUUUGGAAUAUCACUGUAUCUGACUGUAGAUUGAUUUGUUGUGGAGUACCUCAAGGCUCAAUUCUGGGACCUUUACUUUUCUAUUAUAUAUUGAUUACUUAGACAUGAAUUCAUCUUGAGCGUUUUUAUGUUUUUCACUGAUGAUUCCAAACUUUGGUGUCUGACAAAGAUGGCAACAAAAUGGAAUCUAAAAUCAAUUUUGAACAGAGUAAAUUUGAUGGUUUAAAGCAAAUAAGUGAUCUUUUAGCAUUAUUUAAAGUACAAACAGGAUGUUGGUACCUAAAAACCAUCAAGUGAAUGACAUUUUUUUAAUAUAUUUAUGUUAAUAAUAGUUUAAAGAUGUUAUGAGUGGUGAAAUUUCUCACAGUUUCAUUGAAAAAAAAAGUCACCUGGAAAAAUAACGUUAUUUCAAUGGUAAUGUGUUGGAGUCAUCAGAAGUAUAAGGCAUAUGUUAUCAAGAAAACAAUACCCUCUUUAAUCAGUUUUACAUUAUGAUCUGUCUUUGUUUCUCCUACUGCGAUACUGAGUGGGGCAGCCCCUUUAAAAAGGGACUUUAAUGGUAUAUUCACCCUGCAAGAACUUUUUGCAAAAAUGAUCACGUUUUCCAAUUGGAAUCUAACUCUUCUGCAUGUUUUAUCCUGGCUUUUUACUAUUGAUCGGCAACGCCUCUAAUGUGUCUCCUUGUUGUCUCCAAUUCCUUUCAAACUAAACCCCGCCUGUACUCACAACAAGGUGGGCCAUGUAAACAUGCCUCCUCGUGUAUCCUAUCUGACCGAAAGUGCUCCCUGCAAGGGUCUGUGCUUUCACCUUUAUUGUUCAGUCUUUAGACAAACAAGAUUAAACAUGAUUUGAUUAGAUUUUAUUUUCAAAGUGCAGAACAAAGAGAUGUUUUGUUCCUGCUGCUGUCACAGAGCUGAACAAGCUGUCGCAAUAUUUGCACACUUGACAGAAGCAGUAAUUUAUUUGCACCUUUAUCCUGAUUUUAUUUUUGCUUUUCCCUUUUUUUUAUUCCAAAGCUUAUCUAUUUUAUUCUAAUCGCAGCGCUAUUUGCUAAUUUUGCCAUCUUAUCUAUUGAUUUUAUUCCAUCCCACCUCAAUUGUGAUUGGUGGAGCCUGGAGAGUUUUGCUGCAGAGGAUUAAUCUAAUGCCUGUUGUGACCCUAUGAGCUGACAGUGAGUAACACUGAAUACCCAAAUAUGCUACAGAUGCAGAUAAGAUAGAAAGUGAUAUUGUGUUCACUUUCCACUACUAAGCUGAGAUUAAAAUAAUUACAAAGAGGAUGUUAAUACUGGCGAUAGUUGAUGAUGAUGCUUCAUUUGAUCAUAUUGUCGGACAUUUACCCCUUUCUUUAUCUGUCCUCUCUGUAGGGAUUUGACGCUGUCCUAACAGACCCUGUAGUGCCCACAGGUGCUUUAAUAGCUCGUAAACUAGGUGAGUCCUGUGCAUAUCUCUGGUUUUGUUUUGCAUCUUUCUACACUUCCUUAUCUGUCCAUUAUGCAUAAUUUUUAGGUUUGCCCACUGUAAAUGUGCUGAGGGGGAUCCCCUGUGGCCUUGACAUGAGGUCAAUAGGCUGCCCCUCUCCACCCUCUUACGUGCCACGGUACUUCACAAGAUUCACAGAUAAAAUGACCUUCAAGGAGAGAGCCAUCAACACUGUGGUGAGCAUGUUAACUCAGAUAUGAGUUCAGCUUCUCCUCUGUUUUUUUUUAUUACUUUAUGUGAUGAAGUCAAACUUUUACCUACAGUUCAAUGUUGGUUUGGACUCAAUGAGAGUGUGAUACCUCUGACCUACAGGUGGCUUUACUGGAGCCUUUGUUCUGCAGACUGCUGUUCUGGCACUUUGACAACAUCGCCUAUCAGUUCUUUGGAGAGAAAGUGGGCGUGGCUGAAGCGCUGUCUGAGUCAGCUAUUUGGUUGCACAGGUAAAACGUACAAAGGCUUCUAUCUGCAGUGUCAUUUGUUUGGACUGCUCACUUAAAUGUAGAUUGGAUAUGUAGAAGAUUUACCUGCACUUGCUUUUAUGGUGAUAGCAAUUAUGUUAAAAACACCUGAGGCAGGGGUAUGUCUGAAGGAGGGCCAACCCAGACCCUACUUUAAAAUCUGAUUGGCCACCCCGAGAGCCACCCCUCAAACCCUAAAGUAUGAUAGGCUAUUAGCCAGAUCAGAGGCAGGGCUACAUUUAAAUACUUGGGCUGAGUUGUAACACUGAGUGCUCAAAGCCUUCUUAGCAUGUAGCACAUUUUUCGUGUUGAUAUGUCAAUUUGUAAAAAAUUCUUGACAAAAUAGACAUAGUUUUAUAGAUCACAUUCAUAAACAAACAAUAAAAAUUAAAAGCAAAAUCUGUAAGAAAUCAAGCUAAGAUAAUUUAUCAACAAAGGUAUGAAUCUAUCCAAGUGAUAACUGGACAUUUUUCCUGUGUGCAAAAGGGCGUGAUGGUAUGUUUGCCAACUUUUCUCUGCUUUUGACUCACAAUAAUCCUCAUUAUAUACACAAGAACACACAGAGUAUUACCAUCAUUGAAAUGUAAGGCAGAGCCCACCUUGAACACAUUCCCUGACGUCUUUCUAUUGCUUGUAAAGGCUGUCACCUGAUUUGAGGUCAGUUUGGUGAAACUUUAAGUGAAAACAUGAAAAAUCAGUCUGAAUCAGACACACAUGAUCUCCUCUAUUUAUACAUGAAAAUUUAUUCUUAAAUCUGAGAGGGAAUGCCUUUAAUGUUGGUCUACUGCCUUUUUUUUACCCCAUGACAAAAGUGACGAUGGCCAGCAAAAAAAUACAUCACAGGUCAUUUGAAACUUCAAAGACUAGGUUUUGUUUCCAUCUGCAAGACUAUUACAAGACAAAAAUGUCACUGACAUUUAAAAUCCAUGCUAUUUUUCCCCUCUGUGUACCUAAUCUGUGUUUCAAAAUUCAAGCUACAAACAUCCACUAAACAGCUUUUGUGAGUUGACCUUAUUUUGGCUCAUGUUAAUCGCUUUAUAUCUGUCUUUGAUGUGGUGUAGUAAGGUGUUACUUAACUGUGGCAGUGUGAACAUGACAUUACUAAGUGAAGUAGCAUAGAUGUGUUUGAAUGAAAUUGAGGUACUCCUCAAUUUCAUUCAAAAUAGGAUCAAUAUCUCUAACUUUUAGUUAACAGAGUGAAGAAAGACAUGAAACAUGUUUCUUUUGUGUGACACAGAGGAAACAGCACAAUCACUUUUUCACUGGCUCAGUGUUUCUCUGUCUGAUGUUUAAUAAGAUAUUGUUAUUCUUUGUUUGAACAGGAUUGACUUCACUCUGGAGCUGCCUCGUCCUCUCAUGCCCAACAUGGUGCUGGUUGGUGGAAUCAACUGUAAUGUGAGAAAUCCUCUACCAAAAGUAAGAGUUUGAAUGUUAUUCUCUUUUAUGUCUCUGUUUCUCUGUUUGAGGAAGGAGAGAUCAAUAAAGAUCAAUAUAGGCAGGAGAGCAGUCAUCACAGACCCUGCAUGUGUGUGUUUUUGUGUGUUUUGUAGGACCUUGAGUCCUGGGUGUCAGGGGAACACGGUUUUAUUGUGUUCACUCUGGGCAGCAUGGUGUCAGAUAUGCCAGAAGAGACCACCUCCAUCUUCUUAGAAGCCUUCAGACAGAUUCCACAGAAGGUAGAGGAACAUCAUCAUGUCUUAAAUCUUGCAUACCUGCAGUAGGGGAGAGUGGGGUAAGCUGAACGAAAGGGUAAGUUGAGCCACCCCCUGUUGCUUGGAAAUGGUAAAAGAAAUUGAUCAUGUGACCAAAUAUUUAGGAGAUGGGCAUCAAUUCAUGGAGUCUGUGAAGGUUAGAAGCACAUGAGUGAAGGGGUUAGACAUUUAUUUCCAAAAAAACAUGUUUCCCUCUUGAAAGUGAAAUUAGUCUGUCCUAAGUUUCAUCAGAAUUGUGUUCAGACCAAAAAAGAUCAUUUUAAAUUUGAUUAUACAUCAAUUGUGGUAUCUAUGAGCUACAAUACGAGGUCAAAAACCUAGCAUAAAACUCCACCAUUUUAGCUUAGAGGACUAAUAAAGUCAUAAUAGUCGUUCUGGGGUAAGUUGAGCCAGUGGCUCAACUGAGACUGAAAAUGGUCAACUUACCUCAUACACAGGGUAAGUUGACCAUAGGAGACCGCUUUUUUUGGCAUGCUAUUUUAUCAAGACAGUUAUGUUUACACUCAUUCUGUUGGUUUGCAGGGAUGCACAACAUCUUGAAAUAUAUGCAGAUACACUAGUUAGAGACAAAACUAUGAUUGCCUUGAUUUAGUGAUCAGAAAUAUGACAAAUGGCUUAUCUUACCCCACUCUCCCCUACUCACUGGUUACAUUUUGAUAGGUCAUAUGGAGGUAUACCGGGAAGGUCCCUGAUAAAGUCCCAGAAAAUGUGAAGAUGAUGGACUGGGUGCCUCAGAAUGAUCUACUUGGUGAGGAAAUUCUGACAUUCUAUAUAAAAUAUUAAAAAGUGACCAGAAAAGUGUCCCAUGCAGGAACUUCUGACAUAUUUGUGUGUGUGUGUGUCAGCUCAACCUGGAGCUCGAGCUUUCAUCACUCACGCUGGCUCACAUGGCCUCUUUGAGGGUCUUUGUCAUGCUGUUCCCAUGGUGAUGUUACCCAUAGCUGCGGAUCAGUCUGACAAUGCACAGAGGAUGGCGAGCAGAGACGUGGGAGUGGUGUUGGAUGUGUUAACUGUCACUACAGAGAGUCUUCUCCAGGCGCUGAACGACGUUAUCAAUGACACGAGGUGAGAGGAAACACAGUUGAAAUAUUAUCCUGCUGUUUUUCCUUCAUGUUAUAUUGUUAAACUCCUGUGGUGGAUCUGUUCAUGUGCAGGUACAAAGAGAACAUAGAGAGACUCUCAGCUCUUCAUAAAGACCGACCAAUGGAGCCCAUCGACCUCUCGGUGUACUGGACAGAGUUUGUGAUGAGGCACAAAGGAGCCAAACAUCUCAGAGCUGCUGUCCAUGACCUGAACUGGGUCCAGUACUUCUGCCUGGAUGUGAUGGCCUUUCUAGGGACGGUGCUGCUGAUUUUUGUGACGGUGACUGUAAAAUGCUUCAAGCUGUGCUGCCGUAAACUGAGCAGGAAGAGGAAGCAGGAGUAA